AUGAUUUUUAUUAUUAUAUCAAUUAUAAUAGUUUUUGUUGUUGGUACUUUAGUUACUGUACAGGUAAUUGUACCAGCAUUAACCGAGGAUUCGAAGCCAGUGCCGAAAGAACAAGAACAAUUGCCAACCCCAGAAGCCAGGACAUCAACGGAGCCUCAACCACUUACCCAACAUUCAUCCGGUCCUCAAUUAACCAUUCAAAAACCCAUAUCAAAACUAUCAAAUUCGGAUAAUUUAGAGAACCAGCUGCUGGCCGAAAUGCAAGGUGAUGCACCCCAAGCUGAAUCUCAAGUUUUAACGGAAGUCCAACACAGUGUGGAGCCAAAAGAGACAGUUCUUUCACGCCUUCAACUUUCCUUGAAGAACAUCUACAACAUGCCGUCUGAAUACCAGGCCAUAGCAGACCAAUAUAUCAAAAACAUGGAUCAAGUUUACCAAGACACCUUCACUCUAGAAGACCAUCCAAACAUGGACAAGAUCACGUCCUUCGGAAUCGCUCUUUUGCAUCAGUAUGCUAACGACAGCAAGCAAACCUAUCUGCCAAUCGUAGAGCACCUGAUUUCUAAGAUUAACGAGCAGUUGCCGCAGGGAAAUGAAUUAGUCCAUCUCCCAACAAAAUGGAACCAGAAGUACUACUUCUUCUGCGUGAGGUUAACCCGCAUGCUGGCCAUGUUCGAGAUACUAAGCACGAACGAAUCUAUCAAGACGAUUUGCCAUCAGAGAAUCUACCAGAUUACUCCCUUUUUGUGGAAAUCGCUUGAGUGGGAUCACCUGAUGGGCAUCCAAAAUGCGUGGAUAGCUAUCCCUCGACUGAUCACCAAUUUUCUCAAGGAAACAAAGACGUAUGAGAAGGAGACACAACCGAAUCACAUAGGAACAUUAAAGCAAAUUAUGAAGGUCGAAUUCCUGAAGAAUAUUGAUGCAAUAAAUCUGGAUGGAAUCUGGAUAGAAAAGUCCUGUAUCUUCAAUGGUGUAGCAACCUACUGGCCCCUGGUCGAAUCCGGAACGUUCUACGCUUCAGUAUUCAGAGCUUUAGGUUUCGAAGCGGACAUCGAUGAUGUCACCCAGAAGAUAUUAGACAAGAUUCUUCACCCUUCGAUGGAUAUCAUCCCCCUUGGCCUUUUUGGAAGACAGUCUGAUAUCAGGAUCACCAAGACUCUGAAGACGAAUUGGUCAAACUAUCAACGGAAGGCUGGGCUGGAUAUUGGGAUCUUCCCAGUCGCUGGGUUGGGAGUGUUUAAAUCUAAGGAUUUUGCAUUCUGGGUUCGCGUCCAACGCUGGUACAUAGCGGGGUACGAAGCCGAUCAAGUGGAUUUUGAACUGGCUGGAGGCUGGAUUCAGAUGAGGAAGCUGUACCUCAAAAGUAUCGAGCAGAGUUAUGAAAGCAUGACCUGGCAGAAGAUAAAGAUGCAGCCGGGUGUGAUUUCUAAUGAAGAUGGCAGCGAUGACUUUGAAUAUAUGAAGCCACAAAAGGAAGAAAAGGCAAACUACCCCAUGGAUGUGAUCUCGCAUGUUGGGACGUUGAUGGACGAGGGAAGGCGAGUGUUGUACUGGAAGAACGAGUACAAGUUUAAAAGUCUGUUUGGCAUGAGCAAAAUAACGGAGUUUGGGGUGUGCACUGACAAUGGGUUAGUGAUGCAAAUGGAAGUGCUAAAUAAAACGGACAAGAUACUGAAGAUUAGGAUAAAAGACGACGACGCUCAUGGCAUGGAAUUCGAUUGCCGAUGCUCGGAUUCGAAUCAAAAAUGUAAUAAUGGGUUUGUGACAGUUGGUAAAAAUGAUUCUAUUGUUGUCAACUGGAGGCAAGUUUUCAAAAAAGAAGAAGAUGAUCAUCCUCAAGAAGUUACUCGGACUACCAAGGGGCACAUGACGUUUAAGUUUGGAGGCGACGAUUAUGUGAUUGAGUCAAGAGAUAAACUCCAUUUUGUGAUCAAGAACUCACAGGUGUUACUCGCGGGAAGUUUUGAAAAAUCUUUGUCGUACAUCAUUGAAUAUGGCUAUAAGAAUAGAGCGAUAAAAUUCGAAUUUAAUCCUAACACACUCAUGUAUAAGGCUAUCAUAUAA